AUGAUUUUGUUCAUAUACAUUUUUUUAGGUCCACCAGUUCUUUUGAAACAAACACCAAAUAUUAUAACAUUCGAGGUCAAUGAAAAUGAACCAAUCGAAUUGCGCUGUCCAGUUGCUAUUACACCUGAUUUAUCUGUCCAAUGGUCAAAAAAUAAUGAAGAUUUAGAUCCUGUGUGGACAACAUCAAAUUUAUUGAUUAGACGAUUUGUAUUAAAAAUUCAUCAAGCACAUGUAAGUGAUGCUGGUUUAUAUAAAUGUAAUGUUGUCAAUGGAUUUGGUAAUGUACAAGCACAAUUUCAAGUUAUUAUUAAAUCAAAUGAAACAUCAUCGAAUAGUAUUAUUAGUAAUGAACAACAAAAUAUAAUGGUUUGGGAUGUUAAUUCAUUUAACGGUGAAGCGCCAAAAUUUCUUGCACGAGAUGAACGAAGUCAAAUUGAAUCGACUAAAGUUAUUCAACCAGAAGGUACAACUGUUCAAUUAAAAUGUUUAGCAUCUGGUAAACCAUCACCAGAAAUAAGAUGGAAAAAAAAUGGUAAAAUAUUAUCUGAAGAUGAAUACGGUAUAACUCAAAGUCAAAUAUUAAAUAUUAAAGAUUUACGUCAAUCCGAUACUGGAAAUUAUACAUGUGAAAUAUUUAAUUCAUUUGGUACAAUCAAUGCUACAUAUAUUCUUAUUGUUACAGGUUUCACUAAUCCUUAA